AGUAUGAACGUUUCGUUAAUGUUUCAGAGAUAACUCUACCCACUGCCUAUGUCAAACUGUAUCGCAUUGGAGUGCUGGAUAGAAUUGCCAGAACCCUUCACCAAAAGCAGCGCUCUGAUGACGAUUAUGAUGAUGUUGAUGAUGAUUAUGAACCAUCAUCAGCUGAUAGUGGAAGUGAUUCGUCUGCAGAAGAUGAGGAAGAAGGCAUCAAUGAAGAAAUUGUAGGAAAGGGGAGGGUGAACUGCAAAACUACUUCUAAAAAGCUCCAUCAAUGUACAUUCUGUGCAAAAAGCUUCUCUCAGACUUAUUUGAAUGUUCACAUGCGUACACACACCAAAGAGAAGCCUUACCAGUGUAAGAUCUGUACUAAAAGAUUUUCCCAGUCUAGUAGUUUGACUUCUCAUUCCCGUAUUCACACCAAAGAGAAACCUCAUCAGUGUACAGUCUGUACCAAAAGGUUCUGUACUUCUAGUGAAUUGACUGUACAUAUGCGUACCCACACAAAAGAGAAGCCAUACCAGUGUACAGUCUGUACUAAAAGAUUUUCCCAAUCUAGUAGUUUGACUUCUCAUUCCCGUAUUCACACCAAAGAGAAACCUCAUCAGUGUACAGUCUGUACCAAAAGGUUCUGCACUUCCAGUGAAUUGACUGUUCAUAUGCGUACCCACACAAAAGAGAAGCCUUUUCCGUGUACAUUUUGUAAUAAAAGCUUCUCUCAGUCUGGUAAUUUAACUUCUCAUUUGCGUAUUCACACCAAAGAGAAGCCAUUCCAGUGUACAGUCUGCACCAAACGGUUCGCUAAAUCAGGUACAUUGACAGUACAUAUGCUCACUCACACCAAAGAGAAGCCAUUCCAGUGUACAGUCUGUACCAAAAGGUGCUGCACUUCUGGCGAAUUGACUGUUCAUAUGCGUACCCACACCAAAGAGAGGCCAUUCCAGUGUACAGUCUGUGGAAAAAGGUUCUCUCGGUCUGAACAUUUGACUGUUCAUAUGCGUACCCACACCAAGAGAAGCCUUAUCAGUGUACAGUUCUCUUGGUCUAAUCAUUUGAUACAGCAUAUGUGUAUUCACACCAAAGAGAAGCCUUACCAUUGUACAAUCUGUACAAAAAGAUUUUCUCGUCCAAGUGGUUUGAGAUCUCAUUAUCGUAUUCACACCAGAGAGAAGCUUUAUCAGUGUACAGUCUGUACCAAAAGAUUCUCUCAUUCAAGUAAUCUAAAACUUCAUUUGCUUAUUCACACUAAAGAGAAGCCAUUCCAGUGUACAGUCUGUACCAAAAGGUUUUUAGUUUCUAGCUAUUUGACUGUUCAUAUGCGUACACACACCAAUGAGAAGCCUUUUCAGUGUACAGUCUGCACAAAAAGGUUCUCUGUGUCUGGUGCCUUGACUAAGCAUAUGCGCACUCACACCAAAGAGAAGCCUUUUCAGUGUACAGUCUGCUCCAAAAGUUUCUCUUGCUGUAGUUAUUUGACAGUUCAUAUGCGUACACACACCAAAGAGAAGCCAUUCCAGUGUACAAUCUGUGCAAAAAGAUUUUCUCGGUCAAGUCAGCUAACAAUUCAUCUGCGUACACACACCAAAGAGAAGCCAUUCCAGUGUACAGUCUGUACCAAAAGGUUCUGCUCUUCUGGUGCCUUGACUGUUCAUAUGCGUACCCACACCAAAGAGAAGCCAUUCCAGUGUACAGACUGUGCAAAAAGAUUUUCUCAGUCAGGUCAUCUAACACUUCAUUUGCGUACACAUACCAAAGAGAAGCCUUUUCGUGUACGUUUUGUAAUAAAAGCUUCUCUCAGUCAAGUCAUCUAACACUUCAUUUGCGUAUUCACACCAAUGAGAAGCCUUUCCCGUGUACAAUCUGUACCAAAAGGUUCUCUCAGUCUGGUAAUUUAACUUCUCAUAUGCGCACCCACACCAAAGAGUGAACAGUAUGUAAAAAAAA